AGACUACCAUACAGUCUUAGCCCAAACCAUUCCUAAAAGCCCACUUAAAAUUAAUCUAAGGAGGCUGGAGGAACAUUUGUGGAUUCCAUUGACCAAAAAGCUUCAUUUGACGGAUCCAGGAGAGAGCCUUUCUGCUACCGAAAUGAUUGCCUUCAUUAUCUUGCCAAUUCUUGCUGCAGUGCUGCAACAGUCUUCUGGAAGUGUUGAUUUUGAUUCUGAGUCACCCAGGAAACCAGAAAUACAAAACGAGAUUGUUGACUUGCACAAUUCUUUAAGGAGAUCUGUGAAUCCAACUGCUAGCAACAUGCUAAAAAUGGAAUGGUAUCCUGAAGCUGCUGCUAAUGCAGAACGUUGGGCAUACAGAUGUAUUGAGAGUCACAGUCCACACGAUUCAAGAAUUCUUGGUAAGUCGAUCUAAAAGUAUAGUAUAGCUAUAGCUGGUUAGAGGAUUA